AUGUACGGUAUUGUCAUCACGAUGGCUCUCCCCACAUUUGGUCUUGGAAUAGCUUGUGGUAUCGAAGCAUGGUUCAUCCAUGUGCUUGCUGAUAUGCCACUUACAUUAUCUAUUAUUCUCGCUCGUGCGAAGUCGGGUUUGCCCACGACGGACAGCGUGCUCAGGCGUUUGAUACGCGGGGCUAUCCAAACCGGCUUGUUUGCAAUUAUAUUCUCCUUGGGCGAGUUGAUCACUUUCCUGCUGCUUCCAAAUGCAAACUUCUAUGGCAUGUUCGGCGUUCCAGUUGGUCGAAUCUACUCCAACACUUUGCUUGACACACUUCCGGUGCGUGAGAAGCUUAAAAAGGAACUAUCAAGUACUGCGUUCAACAGGGCAUCGCAGGUGAUGGGUUGGGUGCCGAUGACAAGAGAGAUACCAGGUCCCGCACUUACCUUCGGUGGCCCAGAACCGAAGCUCGAUCGGCUCGUCUUUCUCCCUAGGCCCACAACACAUAGCAUCAUCGGCCUGCCAAACGCAGCAUCAGUCGUCAUCCACCCGCAAAUCACACGGCCGGAUGUCUUUCACGACUCAGAAUUGGGAGGAGAAUCGGAAGAUGGCGAAUGGGGAAUGGUCGACGGGAUGAGGCUGUGGAAGAAUGACGCAUUGAUGCAGCAUCUGUACGGGACGGCUUCGUUCUGGGGCGACGAAAUCCUCGAGGACGAGUACUUCAAAUUGAAUCUUCUUCUGCUUAAUUGCCCAAUCCGAAAUACAGACGAUCGGAACGAUGCACUCUGGCUAGCCCAGACAUACUUCAUGAUUCACCAGUUCUCCCGCGCAGAAGGAUUGCUGCCGCAUUCGUUCCCUGUUAUCGUUCUCUCGUAACCAGAAGAAACUAAGGGACUGUUCACCCGAGGGGAGGCGUGUUUGGAAUAGGGAAUAGUAAGCCGUGCUUGAACCGUGCUGUUUCUUGUACCGUCUGGAUAUCUCCAAUCUGGGAGUACCACCUGGU